AUGCUAGCGCUGAAGGCACUAUCGACUUCCCGUCUCGGAAAUCGAUGGUUGAUUCCGGUGGGGGUUUUCCCCAUUUCCCCCUUCUCUGAACUGGCAGGAAGGUCAACAAAUUCAAGCUCUACAUGUUUAGUUGACUGUCUGAUUACAAAAUUCGAAUUCCCUGAAACCAAAGCCCUCUCCAUCGCUGCUCGAAUUCCCCGUCUCAAAUCUUCCCAAAAGCCCCAAGCUUUGUUCGCGUUCCUGCGAGGCCUAGGGUUCUCUCUUGACUGUAUUCAGUCUACUGUCUCUGGGGCUCCGCAGAUUCUGUUCGCUAACGUUGACAAGAACCUUAAACCCAAGAUCGAGCUGUUUCAGAAAUUGGGUUUCGAGAGUCCUCGUCUUGUUAAGUUCCUCUCUAAGAAUGGUGCUGUGUUUGCUGCUAGUCUGGAGAAGAAGCUGCGUCCUCGAGUUCAUAUUUUGCUGGAAACUUUCCAUCAGAAGGAUAGCUAUGGCAUUGUUGGGUCUCAGCUCUCGAUGCUGUUGAAGAUGCAGCCUAGGUUGUUCAUUAGGACAGAUUGUCAAGUUAGAGACAUUGUUUCGAGGACGUUGGGUUUGGGGUUUUCAGUGGAAUCACGGAUGUUUAUAUAUGGGUUGUCUGCUGUUAGUGCCUUCAGCGUUGCAACACUUGACCGGAAGUUUGCUGUAUUCGAGGGUUUUGGGUUUUCAAGGAGUGAAUGCAUUGCAAUGUUCAGAAGAGGUCCGACCGUGCUGGGUCGCUGUGAUGAGAAGUUAAGUUCUGGCGUGGAUUUCUUUUUGAACACCGUGAAUCUGACAAAGGAGAUGGUGGUUCGUAGUCCUGCACUGUUGAUGUAUAGCAUGGAGGGAAGAGUUAUUCCUCGAUAUCGAGUUUUGAAGACUAUGGAAUCAAAGUUUCUGUUCAAGAAGAAGCCAAGCUUUAGCACUGUUAUGACUCUUACAAAUGAAAGAUUCGUGGAAAAGUUCAUAUUCAUGUAUCCAGAACAUUCAGAGGAACUAUUAAUUGUUUACAAUGGUCGCAAUGUGGAUUCCUCUGCAGAUGCAGCUUAUUCAUAG